CCAACAGUCAGUUGCUUUUGUUUUGUUCUUUUGAUGCGGUGAAUUUUAAUUUGCGUUGCUUGAUCCAAUCAAUCCUGAGGAAAUUGCUCAUGUUUUCUGCCUUGAUUACGCGAAAACUCAAUUGAAAUACCCGAGCCGGGAUGUCGGUCGCAAAGUUUACCCAACACCUUGGAACGGCACCCAAAGAUGUUCCCGUCGGCACCAAGACGUCGAGGCCAAAAUCCAGACACGUCAAAGCUUCCUGGGCAGGAAUUGGGCUAGCAUUUUUAGGGUGGGUUGGUGUUAGACAGACACGUUUUAUUCUUUCCGAUGUGACGACGAGGCUCGAUUCGACAGAUUCGUCGACUGGCCAUGAACAGAACAUGGAUUUUCACGUUUCUUGGGCAGAUAUUGAACCCAGCACGACCUUACGGUGGCAAGAGUGUUACACGGGGCAGUAUGACUGCGCUCGAUUGGAUGUCCCGAUGGACUGGCAGAAUCCAUCCAGCGACCGGGUAGUCAUUGCAGUCAUCCGACUAAAUGCAACCAGCCACGCGGACUACCGUGGGCCUGUAUUUUUCAAUCCAGGGGGACCUGGUGGCUCCGGUAUCUGGUCAAUGUUGGAUCAUGGCGAACUUGUGCAGAAAGUAGUAGGAAAUAACCAUGACAUUAUCACUUUUGACCCACGUGGUGAUAGAGUACUCAGGCUGAUCAAACCCACUCCGCCAGUUGGUGCCUCGACUCCACUGAUCAACUGCUGGCCGACUGAUCAACAACGGACAUUCUGGAGCCUCACUGAUGUGGGCGUGUCCGAUUCGCACCCGGGUAUGAUUUACGAUGAAUAUUACCGCGCUUAUGCUACCUCUCAGCUCUGCGAGGCGAACAUGGCCAAGUCCAAAAUUCUUGAGCACAUCAGCACGGCAUCCCAUGCUCGGGAUAUGCUCGAGAUACUGCACCAGAUGGGCGAGGAUAAGCUCAAGUACUGGGGAUUCAGCUACGGAACUGUCCUCGGAGGAACCUUUGCCGCCAUGUUUCCCGACAAGGUGGAGAGGCUUGUUUCUGAUGGAAACGUCGACCUCAGAGAGUGGUACACCCACGUGCACACCAACUUCCCCCGCGACGCUGACAAGGUGAUGCAAGCAUUCUACGACCUCUGCGCAGCUGCCGGCCCGUCAAAAUGCGCCUUCCACUCCUCCUCUCCGGCCGAGAUCGAGCGACGGCUCCACAGGCUCCUGGACCGCCUGCGCAAGAACCCCAUCAUCAUCCCGGCCAAGACGGGCCAGGAAAGCGAAGGACCCGAGAUGCCCGAGAUCGUGACCUACUCCAAGCUCCGCCGGCUCAUCGCGGGGGCGCUGUACCGACCCCUGUACAAGUUCCCAGACUUUGCGCGCGUGCUGGCCGCGCUCGACAAGGGCGACGGCGGCCCUUACUACGAGGCCACCGAGGCCGGCAUGCCGCCGCUGUCGUCUUUUUGCUACGCCACACCCGUGGAGCCCGGCGCGCCGCUGGCGGGCGUCGUGGAGAGCACGGCCGAUGCGUUUCCUGCCAUAUCCUGCGCCGACUCGGAGGAGUGGACGGGCACGGUGGAGGACUUUGUCAAGAUCGGCGAUGAGAUUCGGAACCUCAGCUGGGCUGUUGGGGCACUCGACACGAGUCUGCGUGCGCAGUGUGUGGGCAGGAAGGUCAGGCCCAAGUAUAGGUUUGCCGGACCAUUCGAGGCCAAGACGUACUUCCCGAUCCUUUUCAUCGCCAACAUGGCCGACAACAUCACGCCGCUCAUCAGCGCCCGGAACAACUCGCAGGGGUUCGAAGGGUCAGUGGUUUUGGUGCAAAACUCGUACGGUCACACCACUCUGUCGACGCCUUCCACCUGUACCGCCAAGCACGUGAACAGGUACUUCCAAGAUGGAAUCCUUCCGGAGCCGAAUACAGAGUGCGAGCCUGAUUACGCCCCGUUCGACAACCUUGAUGAGCCAGGGGUUGAAAAGUAUGUCCAUGCUGGUGUCAACAACCAGGAUUAUGAGCUUUCGAAGUCUAUUAAGCAGCUUUGUGGAAAGGCUGGUGCGAGAUUGGGGCAACGGCCGCUUUGAAUAUUUACUUUUUUUGCUCACGUCUUUGGAGUUUGGGAUUGAUCUGUUAGUGCCAGAGGCAAAUUCGUAUAUUUUACUUGUAGAGUCAGUACACUUACGUAUAUAGAAGUUCUCG